CACAUUAUAUUCGGAGAAAAAGCAAUAGCUUCAGCACCAGAAGCGGGAAGAGUACCGGUGAAAUUCGAGAAUGAGCCGGAGUUGCCAAAGGAAAAUGCGAAGUAUGAACUGUUGUUGGAGUUAACAGGAAGAGGAUCCGCUAAUGCCAGACUAGCAGCUGAUAUAGUUAUGGUGUUAGAUGUGAGCUACAGCAUGAAAGGAGACAAGUUGAAGGAGAUGAAGCGCGCGAUGCAGUUUGUGAUCAGCAAGCUAAGCCCAUCUGAUCGUUUGUCGGUCUGCACAUUCGCAAAAGAUUCAAUCAAACUGUGUGGAUUGCGGGUCAUGAGUCCCGUUGCUAAAGAGAAGGUCGAUUACAUGGUCCAAAAUUUACAAGUCGAUUACUAUACUAAUAUAAGUGCUGGCCUUCAAAUGGCCUUAAAGGUACUUGAUGAUCGGAAGUAUACUACUGGCCGAGCCGGCGCUAUCAUGCUUAUGUCUGAUGGUGAGCAAAAUGUGGAUGAUGCAACCAAGAUUUUGGUUGAUCGUUAUCCCAUCUACACUUUCGGUUUUGGGGAUGAGAAAGAAAUUGACACUAAGGUCCUUGGACACAUUGCUAGCAAAAGCAAAGGAGGAACAUUCUCUGUAGCUAAACUUGGAGAUCUGAGUAAGUUGUUCGCCCCGUGUUUGGCUGGGCUUCUUAGCGUACUUGUAAAAGACGUGAAUCUUGUUAUCAAACCACUGCUAGGGACGGUGAGCAGAAGAGAGAAGGUUAAAACCAUCAUCGAAAAGGUUUCUGCAGGAGACUAUGAACAAAUUGUCGAUAAAGAAACUGGCGUCGUAACUGUUUCAUUUGGUGAUCUCUACCAAAAAGAGAUACGCAUGGUUUUGGUCUUCCUUUCUCUCCCUGAAAUACGUAAUGAUCCAAACAAGGCUCAAGUCGAACUCGAUUCCCUUCUCUCUUGCACCUACAGGGCUGAAUCGGGAAAUUCGACACAAACCAAUCCAGUUAAGUUCCGAGUUAAACGAUGUAUUGCACCAAAAAUGAAACAAACAGACGCAACUAAAGCUGAGAUAAAACGGGUGGAAAUUGUGGAAUUGAUGAAAGAGGCAAGAACCCUGGCCGAAGCAAAAAAUAUGGAUGCAGCUCUAGAUAAGGUUGUAGAAGGCCAAAAUUCCCUCGGCCAUGUUGUCGUCGAAGCUCUUAAUGAAGAGUCCAAAAUGGUUAUUGAGACCCUGAAAUAUGAGGUGGAUGAGAUGGUGAAGUUUAUGCAAACUAAUGAAACCUACGAAAACAAAGGCCGUUGUUUUACCUACUCUUCUGAGAUUUCCCAUGACCGCCAGCGUUUUGCCUCUAGAGGCGACGUCGAAAAGAUACGAAGCUAUGCCACUCCGCGCAUGGAAACAUGUUUCGAGCAAGCAAAGGAAUUCGAGAAGGAUCCUAGCAAGCCUGUUCCCACGGUUGUGGAAGACGAGAGGACAGAAAUUGCGGCCGAUCCUCUUGCAACCGUCGCACCAUCUCUUGACUACUACCUUCAAAUUGCAAUUGAUGCUCUCAAAAACCUUCAGAAAGUUAUCAACUACAAGGCCUGAAGUUGCUCUACGCAUGACCUUGCCUAUAACAUAUCGAUUGACUACGACGAUAUAUUGUGUGCUUGUUAUGUUAUGAAUUUGUGUGUUCUAUUGCUAGCUCCUACGAUCACUCGUGGACUAGCAAUGUUAUGCCACCCUUUUACUGUAUAAUAUUACAAUAAAGUUUUUCCGAGUAUAUAUAGCUCGGCACUUAAUCUAACUUUCUAAGGCUUGACUCUAGAUCAAUCCCUUUUGUAGAAAUUAAAUAAGGGUGUGAAUGAAAUCGUGUCGUUUGAUGUGUAUA